GCAGUGGCUCUGGCCGAUAAGGCUCCCGUGUACCGUCAGCCACCUGUUUAUGCCGCACCCACGUACCGCGCUCCAGAACCUGCGUAUCACCCAUCACCUUACAAACAGCCUGAGUACCCUACUGUCCCGCCGAAGUACAACUACAACUACGGUGUCGCCGACGGCUACUCCGGCGCCAACUUCGCCGCCUCGGAGUCCCGCGACGGCUACAAGACCGAGGGCAGCUACACCGUCGACCUCCCCGACGGCCGCAAGCAGACCGUCAAGUACGUGGACAACGGCGACGGUCUCGUAGCUGAGGUCACCUACGAGGG